GGGUUUUACGUGGCGAAUUCAAAAGCACUUGUAAUCCGAGACCCGGAAUUAAUCAAGGAUAUCCUAAUAACGACUUCAAUAAGUUCUACCCGAGAGGAUUUAUCGCUCACAAGACUGUGAGAGAGCCGGUGAUGAAGAACCUGUUCUUUGCGGACGGAGAUCUGUAGACGCUGCUGCGGCAAAGGAUGACGCCAGCGUUCACGUCCGGCAAGCUGAAGGCGAUGUUCCCUCUGAUCGUGGAGAGGACUGAGCGGCUGCAGCGCUCCGCCGUCGCCAAGCUGGGUUCAGAAGUAGACGUGCGAAACCUCAUGGCGCGCUACACCACCGACUUCAUCGGCUUCGGUUUAGACACGGAUUCAAUCUCCGAUGAAACCUCAACUUUCAGAAAGCUAGGCAAACGUACUUUCACGUUUACAAUCAGAGAAGAAUUAAUGUUCUUUUUAAAGGAAGUGGCUACGGAAGUGUUUAAAAAUUUCGAAUAUUUAGCGCCGGAAAUUGAAAGGAAUACUGUAGCUUUAGUCAAAGGUAUCAUGGAGCAGAGAAACUAUAAGCCUUCAGGCAGAAAUUAUUUCAUAGACUUGCUUCUAGAAUUGAAGGCCCGUUAA